AUGGAGCUGCAUGCCGGCAACCGCGGGCGCCUCGUCGCUGCGCUCAGAGCCCAUCUCUCCGCCUCUGGCCGCCCUCUCCACGGCAUCGUCCUUCUCAAGGGCGGCGAGGAGCAGACUCUAUACUGCACCGACCGUGUCCCGCUCUUCAGGCAGGAGAGCUACUUCGCCUAUCUCUUCGGUGUGCGAGAGCCAGGGUUCUACGGUGCAGUCGACAUUGCAUCUGGACAAUCUAUGUUAUUUGCUCCAAGGUUGACACUUGACGACGCAGUUUGGAAUGGUGAAAAAGAUUUGUCUUUUUUCAAGGAUAGGUACAAGGUCGAUUAUGUCUUCUAUGUUGACGAGCUUGCACAGGUUCUCCUGUCUCAAUUUAGUGAGCAUGGAGAGCCCCUUCUCUUUCUCUUAUACGGAAAGAAUACUGACAGCGGAAAUUACUCAAAGCCUGCGAGUUUUGAGGGGAUAGAGAAGUUUGACACUGAUUUAAGCACGCUUCAUCCUAUCUUAACUGAAUGCCGUGUUAUAAAAUCUGACAUGGAGCUUGCCUUCAUUCAAUAUGCUAAUGAUGUCAGCUCCAAAGCACAUAUUGAGGUUAUGAGGCAGAUAAAACCAGGCAUGAAGGAAUCUCAGUUAGAAAGCAUCUUUAUUCAUCAUGCAUCUAUGCACGAAGGCUGUCGACAUUGCUCCUACACAUGUAUAUGUGCUACUGGACAGAACAGUUCUACUCUUCAUUAUGGACAUGCGGGAGCUCCAAAUGACCAGACGCUGAAUGAUGGAGACAUGGCUCUAAUGGACAUGGGCGCUGAAUACAAUUUCUAUGGUUCUGACAUCACAUGUUCAUACCCUAUAAAUGGAAAAUUCAAAAGAAACCAGACGAUUAUAUACAAUGCUGUCCUUAGGGCUCAUAAUGAUGUGAUAUCACAUAUGCAGCCUGGAGUAAAAUGGAUCGAUAUGCACAAGCUGGCAGAGCAAAGAAUACUUGAAUCUCUAAAGAAAGAAAACAUUAUCCAUGGUGAUAUUGGUGAUAUGAUGAAUCAAAGGUUGGGUGCUGUUUUCAUGCCUCAUGGUCUUGGGCACUUACUUGGAAUUGACACCCACGAUCCCGGAGGCUACCCCGAGGGCUUAGAGAGGCCAGAGGAGCCAGGAUUGAGAUCCUUGCGGACAAUAAGAGAACUUAAAGAAGGCAUGGUUAUUACGGUCGAGCCAGGCUGUUAUUUCAUUGGCGCUUUGCUGAGGCAUGCCAAGGAUGACCCGAGUUCCUCAAAGUUCUUCAACUGGGAAAAGAUAGAAAUGUACAAAAGCUUUGGCGGUAUUCGCAUUGAAAGUAAUCUGUAUGUGACGGCGCAAGGAUGCAAGAACCUGACAAACUGCCCCCGAGAGACUUGGGAAAUCGAAGCGGUAAUGGCUGGUGCCCCAUGGCCUUCACGCGGUGACUGUUCCAGUGCGACUACAACAGAGAAUGGCCUUCCCAAGGCCUAA